UCACAACGUCACGAAGUCGCUUGACGUACCGAGAUGCGCGCGCAUCGCGCACUAGUGCAUUUGUGUAUGUUGUGCUUUCCGUAGCCGCAACGAGCCGAUGUGCUGCAAAAACGCACUGAUGGACCAAACGAGAGUUGAAAUGAAAUCCUGAAACUAGCCGUGGCUUUCUAGGGAACAUGAACGGUUCUCUUGUAGGACCGAAGAAAACCGCAAUAUGUCGCUACUUCGCUACCGGGGGAACUUGUUUCUACGGUUCCGAGUGUCAAUUCCUGCACGGACCGUCUACCACUCCUUGCUUGAACACUGACCUAGGAAUACGUGAUUCACCACUGUCACUCAUGGUGCGGACACCCGAAGGUACCACAAGUCCCGCCUUGGACCCUGUUUUCCAAGCUUUUCACCACCAUCGAACUCCCGCUGAGUCCAAACUCAAAACAUACAUGAAUGUAUCCGCACGCACAAUUUCACCGUCCUCACUGGACAAAUCGAAAAUGUUUUCAUCUUCAAACAGCAUCUCACCCAAUGAAAUUACAAGUGCCCUAUCAUCAUUGGCUCUGGACUCUGCGAGAAAGGCUCCGAACCCUGGUGCUGCUGAGUUUGUACCAAUGAACAGCAUGUUAGGCCCCGGCCAAUUAACACACAGCACCAGCACACCCUCAUUCUCACAGUUUUCUGGAAGUCUAAACUUGACCCCUGGCACCAGCCCAUACAGCCGGUUAGCACCUGACACGCCAUCUGGCCUCUCUCUGGGUAAAAUGGAAAGUCCUGGCUUGUCUCCUGAUGGCUCUCCUCUUGUGAGCCGCCGCAGCCAGUCACCAAUGUCAGUCGGAGGCUACUUGAAUGCACAGCGGGAAUCUUUUCCUCCAACAACAGUUUAUCAGGAAUUCUUGGGCGGCACCACCUACUUUUACCAGCACGAAGAAGCCGGAAACACGACGGAGGAAGGCCAGGCUGUCCUACUUCCUGAGUACCAGAUGUAUCCUGGCAACCCAGCACACAUAGAGUUCAUGAAGCCCAAAGCCAAUGCACCCUCCUUCUUUCUUCCAGAUGAGCUCAGAAUGGACAUCUUGCAUCGUCAGAGUUUAAGCCUUGCUCAAAGAAACCCAGAAGUAAACACUGACCUGCCAGCAGAAGUGGACAACUAUCAUAACAUUUGCCCGCUGGAACCAAGUUCCUCGAACGGGCCGCCCAAGUCCAGCACUUUUGGAUAUGUGACGUCCGUCUACAAGGCAACGAAACAUCAAGACGGCUGCUGCUACUGCUUGAGGAGGGUGCAUGGCUUCCGUCUUAGCAACACCAAGUGCAUGGCAGUGGUUGACCUCUGGAAAAAGUUGCAGCACUCCAACCUUGUGCACUUGCGGGAGGUGUUCACCACUAAGGCAUUCGGAGACCACUCAAUGGUGUUUGUCUAUGACUACCACGCUGGUGCGGACACCCUGAUGAACCAGUACUUCAGCCAGCCUUCUGUGCCAACGCUGAAUGGUUUCUGCCCGCCCAUCUAUCCACAGCCUUCCAAUGGGCUCACAAGGCCUUUUUCACAUGGAAAGCCUGCUCUGGGCUCCUUGCGCCAGCAUGCUGGACUGCUGCCCGAGAGCCUUAUCUGGGCUUUUGUGGUCCAGCUAAGUUCGGUGCUGCGUACCAUCCACGCCGCUGGCCUUGCAUGCCGUUCCUUUGAGCCUUCCAAAAUUCUGGUCAUGGGCAAGUCACGUCUGCGCCUCAACUGCUGUGGCAUCAUGGAUGUGCUCACUUUUGACUCAGCUGUGCCCAGCGCAAAGGCACUUGUGCCUCACUAUCAGCAAGAAGACUUGGUUUCCUUGGGGAAGUUGGUACUUGCCCUGGCCUGCAACACCAUGGCUGCGAUUCAGCGCGAAAACUUGCAGCAGUCAAUGGAUCUGGUGUCUCGCAACUACUCAACUGACCUCAGGAACCUGAUCUUGUACCUGCUGUCCUCGCCACCUCGUACGCACAGUAUUAAUGACAUAAUGCCCAUGAUUGGAGCACGCUUCUACACACAGCUGGAUGCGGCUCAGAUGCGGAGUGAUGUCAUCGAAAACGAACUUGCAAAGGAAGUGGAAAAUGGAAGGCUCUUCAGGCUUCUUGUGAAACUUGGCACAGUCAGUGAAAGACCAGAGUUCCAUCUCGACACAUCGUGGUCUGAAACUGGCGACCGUUACAUGCUUAAGCUGUUCAGAGAUUACCUCUUCCACCAAGUCACAAAGGAUAACAGGCCUUGGAUAGACAUGGCUCAUGUUGUGCAGGCAUUGAAUAAGCUGGAUGCGGGCGUGCCCGAAAAAAUCUGCCUCAUGUCACGGGACGAGCAAAACAUUCUUGUUGUCAGCUAUGCUGAGCUGAAGCAGUGCCUCGAGUCUUCGUUCAGCGAGCUGCUGUCUGCCACUUCAUCAGUGCCACCUACGUCGUCUCUUCCCCCGCCUCCGGCUAACCAACACGCACGGUGACCACUCCACACGUUGUUUUUGUUUACUCUGGCUGCCGCUACGGUAUGCACAGGCGCUUUGUUUCGUUUUGAUUGUGCUGCCAGUGAAGAGAUGACCACGGGCAGGGGCCCUUAAGGGAUGACAGUUCAGCUAUUUUGCCACGUGAGUCUUGCUAGUGCCACUGCUUUCUGUGCACUUGCAGCAACUUUUCAUUUAUGCUUGUCGUCGUAGCAGAUAAUUGAUUUUUUUGUUUUUGUCCAUGUUUUGUUUUUUGUAUUUUUUCCUUCCUCUAGAAAUUCUCUUAUCGUUGCAUGCAUUAUUUUCCGACGAAUUGAUGGUUAUGACAACUGGUGAAGGAUUGCUUUUUUUUUUCCUCUCUCCCUUUUUUUUAGACAUUUGCACAAGGUGUAUGAAGUUGACAGUUAAGCUCGGUGGUCUUUUUUCGUUUUUUACCUUUCGGCACUUUCGAGAGCUAAUGCACUUGCCACCAUCUGUUUUGCUCUAACAGGAUUAUUUUUUAUUCUGUCCUUUUUAAGAAGUGUAGUCAGAGAGUCUAUUUAUGCACACUUCUGCGCAAUCUGAAGCGUUGCUUUCUCGUCUUGAGCUUUGUUAGUGAUAUUCCUGGUCCCCCUCCCCACUUGUGUCUUCGUCUUUUUUUGUUUGUCCUCCGUGGCUCACCCUGUCUUGUACUUAAUUGUCACUGUUACUGCGCACAACUUUUGCCACAAUGUGGACAUUAGUUAAUGUGUGUCAAUGACUGUGAUGCAGGAAGCUAAGUAGCACAGGCUUGGUUUCGCUUUCUCUUAUAACCGAACCACUGCUAUUCAUAUAGCACUACCAUAAUAAACUUAAAUGCAUGACUGUGAGGUUCAGGGGGAGCCAACAAAAAGCGCUUUGCAUGUGUAAAUGUAUUCAGUUGUGUCUCCAGCACUUAAACUCAGAACUGAAUGCUGAAGCUUGUUGAACAUUUUUGUUGAGUCUCAAGGCAGCUAAGCUAGUGGAAGUGCAUGCUUUUGUGUUGUAAUAUUGUCUAAAACUGUUACCACAGUUCCACUUGAUUGUGGAAUGCAUGGUUUUCUGUCGCACACUGUAGCUGUCUGUUGUGUCUCUAUUCGUCUCCUCAUUGCUCUCUGCUUGUAAUGGCCAACCAGCAUGACCUUGCCACUACAGCAAUAAUGGAUUUGCUGCAUGCUUGUGCCAUUUUGCAGGGUUCAUUACAAAUUAGUGUUGUUUAAAGAAGCCUGCUAGGACUGUUCCUAUACUAAGUCCUCCCAGGGGCCGCAUUCUCAAUUGAUCACUUUGUCACCUUUACAGUGUAUUGAUUUUGUGCAAGUAGAUGUAUGUAGAAAAAGAAGGAACUUAUCCCGUGAGCACAAUUUUUUUUUCUUAAACAUAUUGCGCCCAAGUGAAUCAUUGCAACUAGGCAUUGGGCCACGCGGAGAGUAAAGUAUCAGCUUAAAGUGAUCGAUCAAGAAUACGUCCCCUUCGCUCUGUUGUAGCCCCUUGUGGCAAGAUACAGUGACUGUAAAACUUCACUGCUGAAAGCACAAGACUCAGCUGCGAGUCUUGCCACCAUGGCAAUCGGUGUUGUAACACAAUACACAGGGUUAUAUAUCCUACAUGUGUGUGCGAACUUUGACUGCCCUCCAACCACUAAGCUCGAGCUGCAACAUUCAGCAACAGCAGUUUAUCUGUUAUGAUAGUGGGAUGUUGGCUGUGUUGAAACGGAUUUAUUUUAAGCAAACAAGGCAUUUAUUUUUUUAAAUGUGCUACUGAAGAAGAAAGGGUACCUGAGGCCCUGCAAAUACAAAGCUGGACAAAAAAAGUGCCGAGGCAUCUUUUACUCCUUGUUUUCUUGAUA